CCCGUCCAGCCUGGCGGGUGGCGCUUGCGAGGCUCCACUGCACUCCUCUCCCUUGCCCGUUUUAUCAAUACUUCAUAUAAUACUAGCACCUCAACCCCGACUCAUCGUGACACUUUCUUUGUUCGUGGGCCCAUCUCUCUGCCUCCUCGCCGUCGCCGCCGUCAAGUAUUCUUCUGUCCGGCACCGCAGUUAUUCGAGCAACCCGUCCAUCUUUCUUGACUUUUCUAUUCUCGGUGUAUUACUUACUAACGGCCAUUCACUUUUCUACUGCCUCUACCCUAAUUACCUAGUCCUUUGUCCAUCGACUACCUCUUUUUCUCUUCAUCUACGCUUCUACAGAAACCAAAGCAUCUUGUUUAUUCUCUCGCCAUGUCUCGUCUCCCACCCCUUGGAGCGCUGCUCCUUCCUCUAACCGCUCUGCUCGUCUCGCCCACUCACGCCACCAGCCCUUACACCAGCAGCAUGAGCGAAACGCCAAAAGACAACAAUGCAGACUGUGACUGCUACAUGGUUCAAUCCGGGGCCGAGGCCAAGGAUCCAUCUUAUUUUCAAUACUACCGUUUCUACGACUUUCGCAACCUACCCGGCGCCCUCGACAAGUCACCACCAGCAAUCAACCAGUCGCAAAACGCUGCACAACUAGCAGCAUGGCAGCCCGACCUGUUCAACAGCGAUGCGUGGAACUUUGAUUGGGGCAUCCAAAACUGGAGCAAAGAUGCUACCUCUGACUUUCCCGUGCCGCUGACUAACUCGCCUGCAAACAUCUAUCUCGGAUCCGAGCAAGACACAUCGUACCUGGCGCUGCGCACGACGCGCGUGUCGUCACACCAGACAGCAGCGGAGAUAGAGAACCAGCAAAAGAAUCUGAUGCACGCCUCUCUGCGCAUGUACGGGCGCGUGCAGGGCUCCGAAGGCGCAGUCGCAGGCUUCUUCACCUUUUUCGACGACACCAAUGAGUCCGACAUUGAGAUUCUGACCCAAGAUCCCAAGGACAAGAUCCGCUACACCAACCAGCCAGCCGUGGAUACUGCAGGCAACGAAAUUGCCGCCGCAUCGCUGGACCCGACCAACUUGCCGCGAUGGGACGAGUGGCACACGCACCGCAUCGACUGGCUGCCCAAGCAGAGCUACUGGUUCCUCAACGGCGACCAGGUGGCCCAGAAUACCUACUCGGUGCCUCACAAGCCCAGUUACCUUGUCCUCAACAUGUGGAGCGACGGUGGAGAGUGGAGCGGCAACAUGAGCGUGGGCGACAGUGCAGAGUUUCACAUCCAGUGGAUUGACAUUGCCUUCAACACCAGUGGGCCGUACGAGGGCGAGCAGCAGCAGGACGACGAAAAGAAAAAUGUAAAGAGAAAGGACAAGAGCUGCAAGACAGUGUGCAGGAUUGACGGCGUCAAAGAGGUUGGAACCCCAGAGGUUGCCUAUGUUGGAAGUGCAGUUGCCUCCACCGUGUCAUUGAGUCUAAUGGUAGGAGUAGUGGGUGCUGUGUCUGUUUUCAUUGGCAUGUAAAAAUAUAACAAGAAGAAAAAUGGGGACCAUGGUCAGGCAAGACCGACUUUUUGAAAUGCAUCAAAUUCAUACAACCUUCUACGACUCGACACUCAUCCAGAAAGAAUGAACAAUGCACUCGUACCCUUGCAAACUACCCGUUCAAAAAAAUCAUCCAUGUCCAAUAUCGUA